UUCCUGUCCACAACUACAGAGAGGGUAUAAGCAGGUCAUUAUUCUCAGCGAGGUGUAAAAGACAAGCAUUUUACUCUGCAACAUCACAUCUUACUCCGGACUAGAAGGGCAUAACGUCAUCAAGCAGAAAUGGCUCCUAUUCACGAACGCAUCCGCGAGGAUCUCCUCAUCAAAGAGCGCAGUCUGUGGACUGCGCUCACCUCCGCUGACCCAGGCCCCGAGAUCGAGAAACUGUCCAACUCCGAAGCCAAUCUCCUGUUCCCCAAGACACCUAUCUUGACUCUGGACGGUGAACCUUCUCUACAAGAAACACUGAAACCCCCAUUUCAUCAUUUCGAUGCGUUCGAGUUGAAGGAAGUCCGAGUCAUCAUCAUUGAUCUCAUGGCGGGAACCGUUACCUACAAUAUCAAUGCCUCGAGAGGAAAGGAGCAGUAUCGGGCCACGGGAUCAACGACUUGGAGUCAAUCAUCGGAUGGGGAAUGGAGAAUUGUGGCGCAUACAGAGACAUUGCUGUGAAUCUGGCUUUAGCGGAAGGCAUUUUGUUCACUUAUCUCAUUUUCUAUCUAUGUCCUUUAAUUCCUUGCUGAAGCUUUGCUGUAUGAAUUUAUGACAUUUUCAAUAUACCGGAGGAUUAUAACUACUAACCCUGCAUUCCCUUCCAUAUUAUGAGUAUGUUAAUAUGCAUAUAUGUGUCCCCCAAGUGGAAUCUAGUGGUAACGUGGUGUUGGAAUGCUUCGCAAUGCCGAGCUUGAGUAUCCUUCCUCCAACAAAAUGGAAGGAACAGCAAUUAUUUCAUAGGACAUUCCUUAAUUUAAGUUGGACAUGCCAUGUUAAUUUUUAGGGGCUAC